UCAGGCUGUCUCCUAAGCACGCCCCGGAUAUUCCUGAUGACAGCACUGACAACAUCACUAUCUUCACCAGAAUCUUGGAUCGUCUUCUGGACGGCUAUGACAACCGGCUGCGACCUGGGCUUGGAGAUGCAGUGACUGAAGUGAAGACUGACAUCUACGUGACCAGUUUUGGACCUGUGUCAGACACUGACAUGGAGUACACUAUUGAUGUAUUUUUUCGGCAGACAUGGCAUGAUGAAAGACUGAAAUUUGAUGGCCCCAUGAAGAUCCUUCCACUGAACAAUCUCCUGGCUAGCAAGAUCUGGACACCUGACACCUUCUUCCACAAUGGCAAGAAAUCGGUGGCUCAUAACAUGACCACGCCCAACAAGCUGCUCAGAUUGGUGGACAACGGUACCCUCCUCUACACAAUGAGGUUAACAAUUCAUGCCGAGUGUCCCAUGCAUUUGGAAGAUUUUCCCAUGGAUGUGCAUGCCUGCCCACUGAAGUUUGGAAGCUAUGCCUAUACAACAGCUGAAGUGGUUUAUUCUUGGACUCUCGGAAAGAACAAAUCUGUGGAAGUGGCACAGGAUGGUUCUCGCUUGAACCAGUAUGACCUGCUGGGCCAUGUUGUUGGGACAGAGAUAAUCCGGUCUAGUACAGGAGAAUAUGUCGUCAUGACAACCCACUUCCAUCUCAAGCGAAAAAUUGGCUACUUUGUGAUCCAGACCUACUUGCCAUGUAUCAUGACUGUCAUUCUGUCACAAGUGUCGUUCUGGCUCAACAGAGAGUCUGUUCCUGCCCGUACAGUCUUUGGUGUCACCACUGUGCUUACCAUGACCACCUUGAGUAUCAGUGCCAGAAAUUCCUUACCUAAAGUGGCAUAUGCGACGGCCAUGGACUGGUUCAUAGCCGUCUGUUAUGCCUUUGUAUUUUCUGCACUGAUUGAAUUUGCCACUGUCAACUAUUUCACCAAGCGGAGUUGGGCUUGGGAAGGCAAGAAAGUACCAGAGGCCCUGGAGAUGAAGUCUCUGUCUCCUCUGCCACUAUGUGGUAGUCAGAGUUCCGGGAUGUUCUCAUAA